UACCGCACCAUCACUGUGAGUCCAACUGGAGAGGGGAAGGGUAGCGAGCGACGCAUUAUUGCAGUAUAGGAUCAUCACAUACACACACACGAGCGAAACUACCGCACUAACCCACAAAACGACACACACCGAUUGGCUUGUAGACGGAGGCUACUCUCGCUGGGUAAGGGGGGAUAGCGGCGGUAUUUAUGAUACACCCUUUUUUUCACCGCUGCCCUGAGUGAAUUAUUACCCGACGCGUGCCUUGGUAUUGCGGUACUUCAGUGAUGACUUGGGGUGCAAAAACAUCGCUUCAAGAUUAGCCUACUGCACCAACCUCUGUUAUCAACACGGCACUUCAAUCAGUUGUCUACCGAGAUUUGGGACUUCAUUGGACGUCAGCCGAAAUUUCGUGUCUUUUUCGUGAUCUCGCUUUUUCGACUUCAGACCCUUCCCCCCCUCGCCUCUCAUUCACUCCAAUUCCCCCCUGUCCUCUUGAGUCAGUUCUAAACAGCUGUACAGGCGAUGUCUGCCCCAGAUGCUGCUGCCCCCGCUGGAGCCCCUGGUGCCCCAGGGGCACCCGGAGCUGAGGGAGGGGCCCCACCCGGCCCCCCCAACACCUCCAGCAACCGCAGACUUCAGCAAUCACAAGCCCAAGUAGAAGAGGUUGUGGACAUCAUGCGGGUGAACGUGGACAAGGUGUUGGAGAGGGACUCAAAGCUGUCAGAGUUGGAUGACAGGGCAGAUGCACUACAGGCUGGGGCCUCUCAGUUUGAGAGUUGUGCAGCAAAGCUUAAGAACAAGUACUGGUGGAAGAACUGCAAGAUGAUGAUCAUGAUGGGCAUCAUUGGAGUCAUUGUGGUUGGAAUCAUUUUCUUGUACUUCUUCUAUUGAGCUCACCCCAUCGUGGCAGAAGGAAACAGACAUGAGAAUUGGAGUGAAAAAAAAAAAAAAAAGACACAACCUCCACUCCUCCCUCUUUCUCCCUCUCCCUCUCCCUCUUUCUCCCUCUCCCCCUCCCUCUCUCCCCACGGUCUUCCAUUAAACCAUCUUGCACUUAUACAUGACUGUAGUGUUUAGAUGCCUGUGCUCUUUGUCCUUCUACCCCUCCCUCCCUUUCUUUCCCUCUCUCUUUCGUCCACUAUUUUGGCAUGGUGCCUCACCCAUCCUCUCCCAUCUCUGCUACUCGUACAUUAUUGAAGUGCGCAGCAAAGAGAGAGAGAGAGGACAGGAGAGGGAACAAGAGGGAAGGAGGUAGGUAGGAGAUAAGAAGUCUUCGUAACAGAGAGACAGAGAUGACUGGAACGUGGGAAGGAAAAGGGGAGAAGGUGAAAGAUAGAUGGAGCAAGAGAUGGAGCCAAAGGAAGAUAAUAAAUAAAUAGAGAGCGUGUGUGCAGGGAUACUAAACAGACAGAACAGUUCUUUUUUUAAAUCCCAGGCAGACACAUACUAUCGUUUUACCUGUCUAAGAGGGUCCCACAUGUGUAGAUUGAUACUGACAUCUCUAACAAGAUCCCUCCCCUUCUAACUCCUACCCAUUCUGCUCCUGAUCAUCACUAUUUACUAAUACAAGGUCAUGUUAAGAUUAAGAAUAUGAUAUUUUUGUUGUGUGUGAUUGUGUGUACUUGUGAUCCAAAGCAUUGUAGCCAGUAGCUUUUCCAAGUUUAGCUGAUGGGCUUUGGUCAUCCUGUCUGUUCCUCUCUAACUCGCUUCAUUUUGAUAUUUCAUAUCUCUGUUUAUUAGGAAUAGCUGUGGAGAGAGAAGUGGAAAAAAAGGGGUGGAAAAGAAACAGGUUGUGAGGAUGAGAUAAAACCAGACAACAGCUUAUUGGUACAAGGUUGAAGCUUCCUGGACUAAACUAGGGGAGUCAGAUGGCUGAGCGGUGAGGGAGUCGGGCUAGUAAUCAGAAGGUUGCCGGAUCGAUUCCCCGCCGUG